AUGAGUGCUUCUGCCCAGUCGAAGCAGAAACCUACCGUCGCUGAACGCAGGCCGUCUGUGGUCGAGAGACGCUACUCCCAGAGCAUUUCUGAUCGUCGAAGAGGGUCUAUCAUCCCAGAACUGGCUGGUUUAGAGAAACCGCUGGAAACCAAUAUUGCUUCGGAGUUCGACGUCGUAAUCGUGGGAACCGGUCUAGUUGAAGGUAUCUUGGCUGCCGCUUUGGCAUGGCAAGGCUCUAGUGUACUUCAUGUGGAUAGUAACGCGUACUAUGGUGACAAUUGUGCUACUUUAACUAUUGACCAGCUCAAAGUAUGGGUCGACCAGGUUAACGACCACAAAAUCCCCGGAUUCUCAACUGCUUCAUUGUAUAUUCCCAGACCCAAUGUGAUUGUUUCCCGUAAUUAUGGAAUCGAUCUAACACCAAAGAUUUUGUUUGCCAAAUCCGAUUUGCUUGAUUUGUUGAUUAAAUCAAGAGUUCAUCGAUACUUGGAGUUCCAACCGCUGUCAAACUUCCAUACCUAUGAAGAUGACUCGUUUGGAAAGAUGCAGACUUCGAAGCAGGAAAUAUUUACCGACCAAUCGUUAUCGUUGAUAUCGAAAAAGCGGUUAAUGAAGUUUCUCAAAUUUGUAUUCGAAUUUGACCAAAAUGAAGAAAGUCUCUCAGUUUGGACUUCUUAUGCCGACAAACCUCUAACAGAAUUCACUAAUGAAACGUUCAAGCUGGAAAGCCAACAAAUUUCAGAGUUGGUCUUCACAUUAGGACUGGCACCUAUUCCCAACAUUCCCACUAAAGAAGGUUUAUCAAGAAUAAGAAGAUACCUUACCUCCUUCAACAUCUACGGAAAGUUCCCUGUACUCUACUCUAAGUUUGGUGGACCUGGAGAGGUUUCUCAGGGAUUUUGUAGAUCUGCUGCAGUGGCUGGUACCACUUACAAGUUGAACACUAGGUUACGCAAGUUCGAUCCAAAUACCAAGACGGCUACUUUCUCUGAUGGCUCUCAAAUCAAAGUGAAAGAGAAACUGAUUUGUUCUCCUACUCAGGCUCCAGAAAAUGCUAAAAACAUUCCUCUCAAACGCAAUUAUGCAAUCACUAGAUUGAUUGCUGGUGUUACUAAAGAUUGUAAAGAGUGGUUUUCGGAGGGUGAGAGUGCUGCUAUCGUUGUUUUUCCAGCCAACUGCUUACCAACUAACAAUGCUUAUCCGGUACAAGCGGUGAUUUUAGGUGCUGGCGCUGGAGUAUGUCCUGAAGGUCAGUGUCUGUGGUACCUUUCCACCUUGGCUCCUGAGGAGUCAGCAGGCAAAGACCUCGAGGCUGCGCUGAAUAAAAUGGAAGAAUCUAUACUCAGAGAAAGUGAGUUUGAUGUUGAUGAGUCUGAAUUUCAGUUUGAUGAUAAAGGAGUUCCCGUUCUGAACUCUGUAAAACUUGGAAAGUCGUUCAUGGGUUUCGUUCCGUCUAAGAAACUUCAGUACGUUUUCAAGUUGCGAUUCGUUCAAUUCACAGAUGUCGUACCGUUUGGUGUCGUACACAAGGAAUACUUUGACACUGAAUCGCCAUCCUCCAAAUACGAUCCAGACGCUCCAGAUAAUGGUAUUUUCUACUCCAAUAUGCCUUCUUCCGAACUUUCCUACGAUGGUGCUGUCACUGAGGCCACACUCUUGUAUUCGAAGAUAGUUGGUGCAGAUGAUGACUUUUUUGACGUAGAUUUUGAAGACGAAGAUGAAGUUGCAGCUGAAAGAGAAGCAGCUGGCAAUGCAACUUCUACGACUACUUCCAACUCUCUCCCCACAUCAAGGCCUGAAUUUAGAGGAACGUCUGUGGGUUCUGAGUUUGCCAUUGUAGACGAAGAAGAUGACGAUGAUGAAGAGAUGGGUGACGCGGGCGAAAAGUUCAAUGACGAGAUGGAUUUUGUACUUUGA